UAUAGUGUCAUUUUGUGAUAAUAUUAUUUACUAUUAUUUAUUGGUAUUGCAAUUUAUUAUUUAUUACCCUGACAUCAGUGAAAAUGUCAAAUGAAAGAAAAUACACUCAAAAAUUUCGAAUAGAAUGGCUUCGUGACGAUAGGUUUAAAAACUGGUUGCAGAAAAUAGAAGGAGAAAAUACAAAGUGUCGCUGUAAAUAUUGUAACUGCAUUUUGAUAGCAAAAGUAAGUGAUUUAGAAAAGCAUAGGAAAACUCAAAAACAUAUAAAAGCCGAGCCAUCGUUUAGCAUUCAGCGGAGUGCAAAUAUUCUUCCAUUUAUGAAAAGUUCAAAUGUUCAUAGAACAGAGGGAAAUAUGGCGCUUUUUAUAGCAGAAAGUUGUCCUAUUAGUCAUGUAGACAAACUAACUAAAUUCUGUACAACAAAUUUUUCAGAUAGCAAAAGUUGUAAUAAUCUGACUCUUGGACGAACAAAAUGUUCAGCCAUAAUUUCAAAUGUUUUAGCACCACAUUUUAAAGAAAAUUUAAUAGUUGAUAUAGGUGAUAGCAACUAUAGUUUACUAAUUGACGAAAGUAAUGACAUUUCAGUUUCCAAGCUUUUAGGUAUUGUAAUUAGAUAUUACUCUCAAAAUAGAAAAUGCAUAACCACAACUUUUUUAGAUUUAGUACCACUUAAAGAGUGCAAUGCUGAUGCAAUUUGUGAAUACAGCAGCAUGCCGUCUGACUCAGACGGCAUGCUGCUGUAA